AUCCGGUGCCCAUGGGGGACUGGCACCUGCUUGGAAGGUUGCUGGAGAGUGUGCAAGAGCACUCCACAGUGGUGGGCAAAGUCUGGCUGACGGUGCUCUUCAUCUUCCGCAUUCUCGUCCUGGGUGCUGCUGCAGAGAAGGUGUGGGGGGACGAGCAGACCAACUUCUCCUGUGACACCAAGCAGCCUGGCUGCCAGAGUGUCUGCUAUGACCAGACUUUCCCUAUCUCCCACAUCCGGUUCUGGGUGCUGCAGAUCAUCUUUGUCUCCACACCCAGUCUCAUCUACCUGGGCCACAUCCUGCACCUGGUGCGCAUGGAACAAAAUGAACAAGAAGGCCAGGAAACUCAGGGUAGCUCCUUUACAGGACAGCCUAAUCCCACCAAGGUCUCCAUUCGGGAUACUCAAGGUAGGAUCCGCCUCCAAGGGGCCAUUCUGAGGACAUACAUUUGCAACAUCAUCUUCAAGACCCUCUUUGAGGUGGGCUUCAUCUUGGGCCAGUACGUCCUGUAUGGGUUUGAGCUGAAACCUCUCUACACCUGCAACCGCUGGCCCUGCCCCAACACAGUCAAUUGCUACAUCUCCCGCCCCACUGAGAAGACGAUCUUCAUCCUCUUCAUGCUGGCUGUGGCCUGCCUCUCACUCCUGCUCAACAUAGUAGAGAUGUACCACGUGGCCUUCACCAAAUGCAGGGUGAGGCAGUCAGCCAGACACAGUGCAGGUGCAGAAGAGGCUAUGGGUCCUGACCCCCACAGACACGGCAGCCCCACUCCACCACACAGUAUCUCUUUGCAGGCUGGUGACAAGGCCGCUAAGGGGGAGAGCCCUGGAGCAGGAAUGGUGAAUGACAGCCCCGCUUGGGUUGCAAGCCAGACACAAGACAGCAAGUACAGCAAGACCGGCAGCAAAUGGAAGCCCAGCGAUCUAGCUGUUUAG